AUGUUAGACCCUCAAUCCGGGAGUCGUUACAUGGGCGGUCCCAACAUCUACUCACAUUCCCGCACCCGUACCACCUCCUCCAACACCUUUCCCGUCCAAGUCCAGACGCCCACCCACCUCUCUGCUCAUCCGCAUUAUCACCAGCAGCAACAGCAGCUCCUGCCGCAGAACUCCCGACGCACACCCUCCGUCAAUACCUUCUCGACAGCUUCUAGCAUCCCACCGCCCGCCGCCUACCGCACCUCCCCAUCCGACAAUAUCCGUCGCUCCACCUCCUCCCGCUCCGGUGGCACCACGGCUUCCGCCCAACAACCCCAAUCUUCCGGCUAUGUCGCUCUCCUCCGCAAACAAAAGGCUACCGUCUGGUCCGAUCGUACCCAGCUCGAGGACCCCCGCCUCGUUGCCGCCCAGCGCGCCGCCAAAAUGCGCGCCACCCUAGAAGUCCUCGGAGGAAACCAGUCCGGGGUUGGCACCGUCGGACCCUCCUCUGGGCGUACUUCAACUGGCCUCAGCGCCACCAAUAAAGUUGCAGCGAAGAUCCGUCACCACGGCAAGCCCGCCGUGGUCGGUUACUCCCCCGGUGCCAACCACGUCGGCGUAGGCGGCGUUCCUCUGCGGCUCAGCGCCACCGAGGUCGAGGCCGAAAGCUCCGACGACGAAGCCGAGCGUUCUCGCUCUUUCCUGCACCACCAGCACCGCCGCACGGGAAGCAGCGGCCGAAGCAGCACGGCGAGCCGCCGCGGCCUCGGCUAUCGCACUUCGGGUGGCGCCGGAGGCCCGCGCUACAGCCCUACCGACACUCCCGACCGCGCGAGCAUCCAAAGACCCCCUCUUCGUCUCUCCACGAGCCAGGAAGAUCCUUCUUCGGGUGGAGACGCCGCGAGCGGCCGCGCGAGGAGCAUCGCUAGCGGGAGCAGCGCCGAGCGAGCUGACAAUGUUGGGGAGCUGGGACAGGCCGGCGGUGGCGGAAGCGCCGCACGGCUGGCUUCCAAUUCGCUCAUGCACGCCGCCCUGACGCGCGAGAAUAGCGUUAAGAGCGCCGAGGAGCUGAAGAGGAGGGGUAGCGUCGAUGAGAGGACUUCGACUCUGACUUCCACGGGAAGACUCUUUAUUGCCAACCCUGAUUGA